CGAGCGUUAGUCGAACGAUUCCCACGAACUUUCAUUCGAAUUUCUAACCUUAAAAAGUGAUAAAUUCUUGGGGUAUCAAAAAUGGGGAAAAAGAAAAAUAACUCGGGAGGCUCCUCUUUGGGCCGCGCCCUCAUUAAGGACCGUUUCGCCAACAACCGCGGCAGGAAAAUGGUCUCCGACAAUUCCAUGUUGCAUACAACAGAAUUAAACGAUGGCUACGAAUGGGGUCGUCUAAACCUGCAAUCGGUGACAGAGGAGUCAUCUUUUCAAGAGUUUCUCUCUACCGCAGAACUGGCCGGGACUGAGUUUCAGGCAGAGAAACUUAACAUCAAAUUUGUGAAUCCCCAGUCGAAUGUCGGGCUGCUUACUGAUGAUGAGUUUGAACAGGUUAACGAGGCACAUAAUAAGUUUAGGGAAAACUUGAAGAUUCCAAGAAGGCCUCCAUGGAGCACCGACAUGUCCCCAGACGAGCUAGACAGAAACGAAAAAGAAAGCUUCCUAAACUGGAGGCGAACCUUGGCUAAACUACAAGAAGACCAAGGGCUCCUCCUCACCCCUUACGAGAAAAACUUGGAGUUCUGGAGGCAGUUGUGGCGCGUGGUCGAGAGGAGCGAUGUGGUGGUGCAAAUCGUAGACGCGCGCAAUCCCUUACUGUUCCGAUGCGAGGAUUUGGAGAAAUACGUUCGCGAAGUUUCACCGAAUAAAAUCAAUUUGGUUCUAAUUAACAAGGCGGAUUUCUUGACGUCGAAUCAACGUCACCACUGGGCGGAAUAUUUUCAAAGUUUAAACUUGCGGGCGGUAUUUUUUUCCGCUUUAGAGCAAACCGAAAAAACCCAAUUGGAGGUGAUCAAUGAGUCCGAAGUGGUUAAGGACCUUAAAGGCAACAUAGCCAAACUAGAACGGUCCGUAGAAGAAAAUGCUGAAGCUUUAGAGGACUUGUUGCAAAAAAUCGAGACUCUUAUAGGUGAUACCACUUUAAGGGAAGAAGUUGAUGACCUGGUGGUAAACUCGUCGCAAUUAUUAACACGCGAGGAACUGAUAGAGCUUUUUAGGACGGUGCACAUGGGCCCUAAGGUCACCGAAGGCACCACCACCAUAGGCCUGGUGGGUUACCCCAAUGUAGGCAAAAGUUCCACCAUAAAUUGCUUAAUGUCGGCUAAAAAAGUGUCGGUUUCAGCCACCCCGGGUAAAACGAAACAUUUCCAGACGUUGUUUCUGGACAAGGAGAUCCUCCUGUGCGACUGUCCCGGUCUGGUGAUGCCCAGUUUCGUUUUCACCAAAGCCGAAAUGAUUUUGAACGGAAUCCUCCCGAUCGAUCAGAUGCGGGACCACGUGCCGCCAGUUAAUUUGGUCUCAAAACUCGUACCGCGACACGUGUUGGAGGAUAAGUACGGCAUUUUGCUUCCUAAACCGCUCGAAGGUGAAGAUCCCGACAGGCCGCCGAUUGCUGAAGAACUAUUGAACGCUUACGCGUAUAACAGGGGUUUUAUGACCGCUAAUGGACAACCGGACAACUCGAGGGCAGCGAGAUACGUUUUAAAAGAUUUUAUGAACGGGAAAUUGUUGUAUUGUCACGCCCCACCCGGUAUACCGCAAGAAAUUUACCACACGUGGCCUGAAAGGCAGAAGGUCAGUUCGGAGAACCGGGUUUUGCCGCCAAGGGAAGCCAGAGCUAUUAGGACUUUAAAAGUGACAACCGAUGAUAUCGACAAGUCGUUUUUUAGUGAGGAGUCUCAAGUGGCGCAUAGUAAGGGAGUCGCGGGAAAAGCUGCUGGGGUGCCUGCACAAGGGGUGCCCCAAGAUGUUGCCAACGCAACGGCAAAACCGUGGAAGGUCGCCAAUAAACAUAAAAACAAAAAGAAGAAAGAGAAACUGAGACGAGUGUACGCACAUCUGGAUCAACACUGACUUACUUACUAUUCCUCACAUUUUUUUUUUUACUCACACAUUUUAGAUUACUGAAUUGUUAUGGUUAAUGGAAUUAUUGUAUCACACUUUAACUGCCAAAUUAGCUCUCGCUGUGAUGAUUAUUAUAAUUUGUUAUAUACGUUUUUGGUUGAAAAAUGCGACAAUACUUGAUAAACCUUGUCCAAUUAGCCCGAUUCGAAAACCCUGACUGUAACCUAAAACCCAGCUACGGAAAACUCAGUUAUCAUUCUUCACUAUAUAUAUUACGUAGUAAUAAUUUUAUUUCACUACUUUAAUAAAGAUGUUUAUUAAAAAUG